CUUUCAAUUUUACAAAAUCCUUUCUUCUCUUUCUGCUGCCAAUUUUAUAAAUCAUUGGAGGAUUGAGGGUAUCUUAAUUCCUAAUUACGUCCUGUGGAUAAAUUUCCUAUCACUGAAUCCGGAGAACUGGGUGAGAAUGAUCGAACCAGGAGGUGGAGGAGCAGCAGACUCGACGUCGGAGCAACCAGCUCCGCCUCCGCCGCUCUCCCAACGCCGGCCCAGAGUGAGAGAAGUCAGUUCUCGGUUCAUGUCUCCUUUAAUCCAUUCCAAUUCAACCCCAAACCCUUCCGAUUUUCCGCGCUCGAAAACUGUCCACCGCCGUCAACCGUCCAAAACCGACGAGAAUCACAUUCCUGAGACGAAUCGUAGCUUAGAUAAAUUGUCCGCUUCAAUUGUAUCGACUAUACAGAGAAAACAGCCCCAGCAACGAGUGAAGCAGCAUGCUAAAGAAAAUGGAGAACCCAGAGAUCAUCAGCAUCCCGAAGCUAGGGUUUCAUCAAGGCCUGACACGCCGAUUGCAAUGGGCACAGAUCGGAUUGUUGCGUCGAGGUAUAGGCAAGUUCCUAAUAGUAUCUAUCGUUCAAAUUCGCUGAAUAGUAGCAGUAACGGAUGUGCCGCUGUUACAGCAGCGGCUAGGCUAUUGCAAGAGGCCACAUCUGAUGUGGAAAAGAAGCUCUCGAGGAUUUCAACAUCGAGAAGUGAUGAUAUGGAUUCCAGUAGUACUACAUCUUCAAAUCAGGGCAGUUCCUCGUGCCCAAACUCCCCACUCUGCAUGCCAAUUAACAAGCUGCGGGGUGUUCCUGAUACUCGUUCUUCUAUGCCCGAUGUGGAUAAAUGGCUUGCAGAGAGGAAUUCUAGCAAUGCUGGCAGAACCACAAGUGAUUGUGCACGUUCGCUGAAUUUUUCAUCUUCUUUGAAAAUAGGGGGAGGCAUUUCCCUGCCUCCACAUCCUUCGUCAUGUAUAAGGUCAGGAUUAGAUGUGAAGAAAGGAAGGAAGGUCAUUAGUCACCAAGAAGAUGUUCAUUCUCUCAAGAUGUUGAGCAACCAUUAUCUACAGUGGCGGUUUGCCAACACCAAAGCAGAAGCCUCCAUGCGUGUCCAGAUGCAAGAAGCUGAGAGAAAGUUUUAUUCGAUUGGCGACAAGCUAUCAGAUUUACGUGAUAAAGUGAAAAGGAAACGCAUAGAACUUGUAGUAUUGAGAAGAAUACAAACUUUGACCACAAUUGUUGAAACUCAAAUGCCAUACCUUGAUGAAUGGACUACUCUGGAAGAGGAUUACUCAACUUCCCUAUUAGGCACAACAAAUGCAUUGCUUAGUUCCUCAGUUAGACUUCCCGUCGGUGGGGAAGUGCGGGCUGAUACUGCAGAGCUAGGGGAGGCUCUUGGUGCGGCUCUCAAGGUGAUGGAAUCAAUAGGUUCUCAUAUUCAGAGAUUUAUGCAAAAAGCUGAGGAAAUGGAUAAAUCAGUCUCUGGACUAGCUAAGGUGGCUGGUGGCGAAAGAGUUCUUGUAGAGGACUGUGGAUAUCUACUAUCAAAGACAUAUACAUCGCAGGUCAGAGAAUGUAGCUUAAGGAGCACUCUAAUACAAAUUCAUAGCAGCAAUAAAAAUCAAAAACAGAAGUGCGACGAAAAAUCAUAGAGAAGUCAGAGCAGCCCAUGAGGUCAGUAAGCUGUAUGCUAACUUACCUCAGAUUCCAAAAUUAGGACAAGAGAGGACUCACUUUUUGCUAUUUUGACACUGAAAAGAAAUUCUGUAAAUGUACCAAAUUAUAAAUGUUAGUGCAAAUAAAUACUCUUUAGAUCGAAUGAAUUCCACCUUAUCGCCUAAGCAUCAAAAAUCUGUUUUUAACCCCUAGAAAAAUUGCCGCUUAAAAAAGGUGCCUUUAGAUUUAACUCCACAGAAUCGAAGUGCGGACAUAUGCACUCAUUUAGCAUCACUUCAUCGGUUCAUCCUACACAGUAUAAUUUCCAGCUAGCCUGAUUUUGGACCAGGAGGUUCUCAUGCAGAAUGAGAUAUAACUUUCCAAUUAGCAGAUUCCAGAAAACCCGUUGAAAGGAAAGAGCAGGGGUCUUAAGUGUGAACUAAGCCAGCAACCUUAAAAGAGUAAACCAACAAACUUAAAACAAGUAGUCGUUUUCUCCUCUUGCUAAAUAUUUCAAUGUAAAAAUGAAAACAAACAUCACCAGAAUGCCUUCGCAUGGCUUGCAAAUAUCACAAGAAUUACCCAAAGGGGCAAAGUCAGACGGAGUAUCAGCACCUCUAAAAAGUAUUAGGCGUAAGUUAACCUAUUAUAGACUAUACUAAUCUAUCUGUCCACUGGCUAAUGCUAUAUGAUGUUGAGGUUUGCUCUCAAAGCAAAGACCUCUUAUCUGAGAUUUCAGUUUUAGAGCAGGGCAAUGGAUAUAAACAGUGUUGACUAGCAGGCAAUCAGUAUAUGCCAACUCCACAAAUGUUAAUAGUACAAGUACAAUUUCCAUAUACACAACCUAGUGACAUUCCCACAAAAAAAAUUGGCCUUGAUAUAUUGAUUUCCGUUCUUGCCGCAUCAAAACACAUUAUAGGCCUCUCAUAUUCACUUCUCUGCCAGUUGAGUAAA